UCUGAUGUGGCGAUUGCUCAUUCCAUGUUUUGCUAUUGAAAAUGGGCUUAAACUAGUGAAAGUAUUCUAUAUUUGAUCAGGUAGUUUUUGAAAAACACCAAGUUCAAUCAAUGUCAAUAACGGCUUGUACCCAUAGACAUGACGUCACUGCUUGUGCCCUAUAAACUCAAUAUUUCAGGUUAGAUUAUUAAAUUUUUUACGUAUCAUGUUUCGUAAAAUAAAUUCUAAAUAUAAAAAAGAUAUUAUUUGUUCGUUACCCUAAUUAAAAAAACUCAAACAUGUCUGGAGGCAGUUUAUGUGUCCUAGCUCUGAACGGGAGGAGACAAACCGUUAAAUGCACCCCAAACACUACAAUUUUACAGGUCCUAGAAGAAGUAUGUCGUAAACAACAGCUAAAGCCGGAAGAAUUCGACCUGAAGCACCACAAUAAAAUAUUAGACACUACCACUACAUUUAGAUUCUCCGGUUUACCAAACAACGCUCAAUUAGAGUUAGUGCCAGCCACAAAAUUGCGUUGCGAAACUGAAAUAACUCUGGCUGUCAAUCUAGAGAACGGCACUCGUUUGAUGGGCAACUUUUUGCCAAGCGAUACGUUACUCCACAUAUUGAAUCAUCUUUGCCCAGAAUGCCUUGGUGAUGAUAAAAAUCCGGUGGUGAUAUACACCAGGAGGGAAAUGUACGGCAAGGAGCUUGAGAGCGUUACUCUCCGGGCUUUAGGGUUAACAGGCGGUAGGGCUAUGGUGAGACUAAUCAACAAAUCUCCAGAGGAACUCAAGGUACAGGCCAACGUGGCUGCCCCCUUACCCUCAAAGCCCGUGGAGGAGAAGCCCUAUCAGCGUAAAUUUCAACCGUUGGCGGUAGCAGAAAAUGAGAACAACGAGAAUAUUGAAAACUCAACCGGGGAGGAAAGUGGUGAGGAACGGGCAGAACCCAAGACUGAACCUGGAACCAGACCCGAAAGGAUACAGAAAAACGCAAAUGUGGAUUUACUUAAGCUAGCUCGGGAGAAGAGAAAAAAUUUGGAGUUCACUUCUCCAAAAAGGGAAGAAAAAAGAAUAAAUGUAAAGGAAGAGCAAGCUGAAAGCGCAGCCGGUCCUGAAAAAACUGAUCAAUGCUUAUGUCGAGAUGAUUUGAUGGAGGUAGACGAUUGUGGAAACUGCCAAGAAAAUUGCACUGAUGUAGAGCGAAAUAUUGAGGAGGAGUUUAUUUUUCUAGAUGAAAGAAACGCUAUGCUUUUCUCAUUAGAAACAGCCCAAUCGCUUCCCAGCGAAGAUCUCCCCGACAAUUUCUUCGAUCUGACUAUUAACGACGCCAGGGGAAUACUCAGAGACAUCAAGAGACAAAAAACUACAGACGCCCCUCUCAUGACAUCUGCUAUGCGAGAGCUGGAGGAGUCCAAAAAAAUGUUGAAGCAACUCAACCGUUACAAGAAGGCUGUAAUAAGGGUCCUCUUUCCGGACAGGACUGUGCUGCAAGGCAUUUUUCAACCAUCCGAGACAAUCAAGGAUGUUAUCGAAUUUGUUAGGGGAUAUCUGGAGGAGCAAGGAUGCAACUUCUAUCUGUAUUCCACACCCCCAAAAUGUAUUUUGGAGGAGAGCAAAACACUGAUUCAACUGGGAUUCCUACCCGGUGCUUUGAUCCACUUUGGCAUGAAUUCUCUAACGAAACCAUCGAGUUUUUUGAAGCGAGACCUAAAAGAUAAAUUCACAAGCAACUCUGUAGCAAGCUUAGCUGCUUCAAAGAUGAGAAAUGAGUAUACACGAACAUGUAUCAGUCAUGAAGUGGAAGAUGACCCUGAGAGCGAUGAAAACAGCGGCUCAAACUUUCGUCACAUCGCUAACGACGGAGCAAGCACCAGUACCGCGACAACUUACGGUCAAAGGAAAAUAGAGAGGUCAACUGAAAAAGUUCCAAAAUGGUUCAGACCGUAGAUGCGCCUGCAUUUAUUGCGUAUGUAUUUUGUAUUAUCUGUAAAGAACUAAUAAAACACUUGAAAUUUU